GGCGGAGGCAACCGGCGCCAGCGGAGCUUCCUGAAGAAUUUUUUUGGGCCGACUUUGAGGUGGAGCAGCAGGCGGUAGUCGAGCUGAAGGUAUGUCAGAACACAGCAAGAAUUCCACAACUGUUGAUCAACCUCGCCAGGCUCCAGAAGAAGUCCAGUCUGACUCUGAGGGCUGUUCAAUGGCUCAGGAAUCUCCAAAAAAUUCAGCAGCAGAGAUUUCCGUGACAAGCAAUGGAGAACUUGAAGAUACGCAUGAGCACAACUUUAACAGGGACUUGAAGCGUUCUUUACCAGCUGGACUUGGUUUAUCUGAGACCCAGAUUACAUCACAUGGCUUUGACAGUACCAAAGAGGGAAUCAUUGAAGCUGGACCUUUUCAAGGUCCCUCGACACUACCUAUGUCACCUGUUAUAUCACCUAGCAGUGAAGCAGCUAGCAGACUGGCUGGACAAGGGAGUGAUUUAAUUAUUCCCAAAGGCAAUAUAAGAAUGCAGCAGAAAAGUGGACCAGUUGUUCUAGCAGAGGAAGUGAAAAAUCCAGCAAUGGAGAAGCUGGAGCUUGUAAGAAGAUGGAGCCUAAACACUUACAAGUGUACUCGUCAGAUAAUCUCUGAGAGACUGGGCCGAGGCUCACGAACAGUAGAUAUCGAGUUGGAAGCGCAAAUAGAAAUCCUGAGAGAUAACAAAAAGAAGUAUGAGAACGUCCUGAAACUGGCACAAACCUUGUCGACUCAGCUUUUCCAGAUGGUGCAUACCCAAAGACAGCUUGGAGAUGCAUUCGCGGACUUGAGUUUGAAAUCAUUAGAACUCCAUGAGGAGUUUGGAUACAAUGCAGAGACUCAAAAACUUCUUUCUAAAAAUGGUGAAACUCUUCUUGGGGCAAUUAACUUUUUUAUUGCUAGCGUGAACACUUUGGUGAAUAAAACAAUUGAAGAUACGUUACUGACCGUGAAGCAAUAUGAGAGUGCCAGAAUUGAAUAUGAUGCCUAUCGCACUGAUUUAGAAGAACUGAAUCUUGGCCCACGAGAUGCUAACACCUUGCCAAAGAUUGAGCAGUCGCAGCAACUAUUCCAAGUGCAUAAAGAGAAAUAUGACAAAAUGCGCAAUGAUGUGUCAGUUAAAUUGAAGUUUUUAGAGGAAAACAAGGUCAAAGUAUUGCACAAUCAGCUUGUUCUGUUCCACAAUGCCGUUGCAGCAUACUUUGCAGGGAAUCAAAAACAGCUUGAACAGACACUUAAGCUAUUCCAUAUCAAAUUGAAAACACCUGGAGUAGAUGCUCCAUCUUGGCUUGAAGAUCAGUAAUAGAACCAAGCAUAGAGACAUCCCUUGAUCAACCCAGGAUCCCUGUACACCUAAUGAGAAUCAAGGAGCUUGUACUUGGAGGACUGUUUGUAAUGAUACUUGCACAAGCAGCUUUAAUUUCUCCCCCCUUGAUAAUGCAUACUGUAGUAAUUUGGGAGGGUGGGUGGAUAUAACCAAAUUUGUCAUUUCAGAAACAGAACUUUUUGUAUUUGAGGGUGGAUGGUUUUCUGUAAUAGGGAAAUAUAGAUUUGCACUGACGAAGAUGUUUGUGAUCUCUAGUAAUUGUGGUGGCUAGAUGGAUUUUUUUCCAAAGGGAGACACUCAUGAUUUGUAUCAACAUCUGAUAUUUUAUAUAAAUGUAUUAAAUCUCUCUAAAGGUUCUUUUUUCAUGUAAUUAUGUUUAAAGAAUAAAUAUUUUAUAGAAUAAUAAUACAAGGCCUUAAUCAGUCGCUGGCUGAUGCAUGGAAUUGCAGCAAAUACCUUUAAAAAAAGUUGGUCCUUCCAUUAUAUGUUUAAAAACACUAAAUUUAGAAUUACCCUUUUGGGCUGAAACUUUGAACAUACACUUUAUCAUUAUAAAGUUGAUCUGUUAAGGAAAGCAGGACACAGCCCUACUCAUUUAAUGUUAACUUUCUAUAAAAACCAUACCUUUACUUGCCUUAAAUUCAAAAGUGCCUUUUGCAACGCUCUUUCUACCCACUGUACAUAAUCUGUAGGAAGCGCUCUUUGGAUUGAUGACUUUUUAAAGAGACAGAUUAAGGCCAGUCUGGGUUGUGUGUGCUUGUUUGAACUGCAGACCAUGUCCCCUGACUGACAGAUUCUGGCUCCCCCCACCCCAAAUCAGUAGUUAUUAAAUGUAGAAGUUUGUUCUCUCUUGUCAUAGCCUUUAAAAAUUCACUAUUCUGGAGCAUCCUUGUUUGCACACUUUCCACUGCUUUUUGUGUUUAUAUAAAUAAGAUACUGAAAAUAACUUAUCACAGCUUAUAUGGAUUGUAUAAUUAUGUAUUAUAUGUUGAAAUAGAUUCGGUUGCUGCUUAAAAUGGUUUGGUUUCAGUCUUAAUGUAAAGUGUUUAUCAAGUACAUCUUAAAUCAUUCCUUAUUACACUCUUGCCUGAGCCUUCAAUUACUUUUUUUGCUCUUGGGUCUUUGUUUUGCAGUAACGGUUACUAUUCCCCAGAAUGUGCCUCUAUUAUUAAUUUUGUAUUCAUACUGAAGGUGUUUGCUGUAGUCUGUUUCCUUUAGUGCAUUGGAUUAAAAUAUGUACAACCUU